CUUAGCAGAUAUAAACAUAAACUUAAAAACCUUAAUACCUUUUCUUUUAAAAAUAUAACACACUAAUAGCUCUGCUCUCUAAUUUAACCUACCAUUAUUAUUGUAAGAUACCAUUUCCAGUUGUUUAUUGCAUGAAAUGAAACUAAGAAUAGCCCCAAUACAAGUUUUCUCAGUUGGCUGGGAAUAAACUUGGUCUUUAAUUAAUCGGCUAUUUGAUUGGUGACAAUCAAGUGACAUGGAUAAAACCUGUAUUUUGGGUCAAGAAUUAAGGUCAAAGUGAGCUAAGACAAAAUAAUCUCAGAAUGUCUCAUGUGCAAGUUUGCUAUACAAGUGCUGGAUGUAAUCGAGGCCCUUUUAGUGCAGAUUGGGGAAAGAAUGGCUUGGUCUGUUUUGCAUACAGUAGGGCCAUAGCUAUUUAUCAACCAGAGGGUUUCUCUGUUGCAGGUGGCAUUAUUAGGACAUACACUGGUCAUGCUGGCAAGGUCAACUGUGUGGCUUGGAUAAGCAACGGUUCAUCUAAUGAAGCAGAGUUUGUGUCUGGUUCUACAGAUCACACCAUCAAGCUCUGGAGCCUUCACCAGGAAUCCAAGGGAGCACUAGUGACCUUGACUGGCCAUGAAGAUUCAGUGACUUGUGUAUCCUCGCUCUACAUUGAAGGCCAAGACAAAAAUGACCCUCCCACUACAUUGGUUGUUUCUGCUUCAGUCGACUCCACCGUACGCAUCUGGGUCAGAAAGGAUUCAGAUGUGAAAGAGCAGCAGGUCCUCAGGUUUGGUUCUGGGUUUGCACUUUCUCUGGCCACUUUCAUCAUACCUGGAACAAAUACUCCGCUACUGGCUUGUGGAUGUGAUGAUCACAAAAUUCAUCUUUAUGUUGGAGGGAGUGAUUUGAUGUUUGCUAAAGUGACAGUGCUGACAGGUCAUGAUGACUGGGUGAGGAGUGUUCACUUCACAGCAGAUGAUGAUGGCAACAUGCUGUUGGCUAGCUGUGCACAAGAUCAUCUGAUCAGAGUGUGGAAGUUUGUCCAGAAAAAUAUGCCAGCACAGAAAGUAGACAAUGUUUUCAAAUGUAUCUCAGACUUGCCACAAGAGGAGGAGAUCACUGUCAAAGAAACCAUUCUUUCCUUUGGGGAGCAAGCAGGUUCACAUCUGCAUUUUGCUGUGAGUUUGGAAUCUGUAUUAGCUGGCCAUGAAAACUGGGUGUACAGUGUUAGAUGGCAGCCUGCUCAGAUCACUGCCUCUGGUGGGUGUCACCAGCCUUUAAAGCUGCUGUCUGCCUCCAUGGACAAGACCAUGAUCCUCUGGUCACCAGACUUGGCUACAGGUCUCUGGAUGGAGGAGGUUCGGGUUGGUGAUGUUGGAGGCAAUACUCUGGGCUUUUAUGGAGGUCUUUUCAGCCCUUGUGGUCAGUCUAUCUUAGGUCAUGGAUACCAAGGCGCUUUUCAUCAAUGGUCCUUUAAUGAGAGCUCUCGGGGAUGGGAGCCCCAAGUUACAUGCAGUGGUCACUUUGAUUCUGUGGUUGAUGUGGCCUGGUCAGCGGCUGAUGGAGCUUAUAUCCUCAGUGCAAGUGUAGACCAGACAACAAGACUUCACGCACCAUGGAUCAGGGCGGGUAUUGACCCAUCUUGGUAUGAAAUCAGCAGACCUCAAGUCCAUGGCUAUGAUCUCCAAUGUCUAGCUGUGCUGGAUAAAUAUUCCUUCGCUUCAGGAUCAGAUGAGAAAUUAAUUCGUGUCUUUAAAGCCCCAAGAAACUUCAUCAGCAACUUUUGUCAGCUGUGUGGAAGGGACUUGGAUUCAGAGUUAGGGGGGAAAGCUCUGAGCUCGCUACCAAUGGGGGCCAAUGUUCCUGCUCUUGGACUCUCUAACAAAGCUGUGUUCUCUGUGGAAGAAAACAAGGUGGAGGAGAGCACCAAGAUGGGGCAAUAUUCUGAGAACUACUUCACUGCACUUGACCUUACAGCGCCACCUAGUGAGGACCAGCUGAUACAGAACACCCUAUGGCCAGAGGAGGCAAAGUUAUAUGGACAUGGCUAUGAGAUCUUUUCCCUUGCUGCUAGUCCUGAUGGCAAACUCUUGGCCUCUGCCUGCAAGGCAGCCAAAGCUGAAUCAGCCAACAUUCUCCUGUGGGAUGUGGAACAAAGGAAGAUCCUGGCCUCACUCACAGGCUGCACACUCACAGUUACACAGAUGGCAUUCAGCCACGCAGGGGACAGGCUGCUGGCAGUCUCCAGAGACAGAUGCUGGGUUUUGUACAGAAGAGAAGGUGAUUCCUUUGUUGUAGAGGCUCAAGUAGAUAAAAGAACAACAUCACAUGCCAGGAUCAUCUGGACGUGUGCCUGGUCACAUGACGACAAGUUUUUCUUCACAGGCUCUAGGGAUAAAAAGGUACUUGUGUGGUCCAGCCAGUCUGUGUUAGAACAAACCCCACCAGUGGCUCAAGCCUCGCUCCAGCUGCCAGACUCAGUGACUGCCUUAGCCUGUGCUCCUGUCUUCUUGACAACCUCCAGGUACUUGAUUGCUGUGGGUCUGGACAGUGGUGACAUACACCUGUACUCCUGGUCACCCUUGGACACCUGGAAGUUGCUUGUUUCAUUAGAUCAAAGCCAAGCUCACCACCUGACAGUGACACGACUGUCCUUCAGACAGCAGACUGGACGUUUGGGCCAUGAACAAAGUGACCACUGGCUGCAGCUGGCCAGUUCUGGAAGUGACUUUGCUGUUAGAGUCUAUGAUAUUGACUUGUUAAAAUUAUGACAAUAGAUGUAAUGUAAUUAAAAUGAUUAUG